GAACAGAGUGUCAUUCAGCUCCGAACAUAUUUCUCUUUCUUCCAAUCCGAACAGACCCUUCUCUGCUGUCAUCUUGCUGAUUUCGCAGUGAGAGAUAGGUUUUUCGGAAUAUCCCAGAGGUUUAUAUGAUGGCGAAUAACUUAGCGGGGCAGCUCGUGGGCUCAGGCAUACAUGGAUUCCACACAUUGCAAGAGCUGGAUAUGGGAAGCAUUAGGGAGGAAGCAAGAACCAGAUGGCUUCGUCCCAAUGAGAUUCAUGCCAUACUUUGUAAUUCCAAGUAUUUCACCAUCAAUGUCAAACCAGUUAAUCUGCCCAAAAGUGGUACUAUUGUAUUAUUUGACCGCAAAAUGCUUAGGAACUUUCGAAAAGAUGGGCACAACUGGAAGAAGAAAAAGGAUGGGAAAACUGUUAAAGAAGCUCAUGAGCACUUAAAAGUUGGCAAUGAAGAAAGGAUCCACGUAUAUUAUGCACAUGGCCAAGAUAACCCAAACUUUGUUCGUAGAUGUUAUUGGCUGCUUGAUAAGAGUCUGGAACACAUAGUCCUUGUUCAUUACCGUGAAACACAGGAGUUGCAAGGUUCUCCUGUCACUCCCGUAAAUUCAAACUCUAGUUCUACCUCUGAUCCAACUGUACCAUGGAUUUUAUCAGAAGAGAUAGAUUCAGGGACUGCAACUCCAUAUGCCAGUGAGAUUAAUGACAAUGUAACAGUUAAAAGUCAUGAACUGAGGCUCCAUGAGAUUAAUACACUUGAAUGGGAUGACCUAGUGGUUGCAAAUGAUCUCAACACGUCGACUGUGCCUAAUGAAGGCAAAGGUCCGUAUUUUGAUCAACAAAAUCAAUUUUUACUGAAUGACAGUUUCAACAACGUAACCAGCAAUCCAUCUGCAGGAAUUCCUUCUUUUGAUAGUUUAACUCAGCCAAUUGCUGGGAGCAAUAGUGUUCCUUACAAUUUUUCAGAAAGGGUUAAUCUUGAGAAAAUGGACAAUCAAGUAAAUUCAAAUGAGCAGAGGAAUCAUCCUGUUUCUGUAAGUGGUGUUGAUUCCUUAGACACUUCGGUCAAUGGGGGAUUGCAAAGUCAGGACAGCUUUGGAAUGUGGGUGAACCACAUCAUGUCUGAUUCACCAUGUUCAUUGGGUGAAUCAGCUCUUGAAUCCUCAGUUUCAUCCAUGCAUGAACCAUAUUCAUCUGUGGUAGUGGAUAAUCAGCAACUUUCUCUGCCGGAACAAGUAUUCAAUAUCACUGAUGUGUCCCAUGCAUGGGUGUCUUCUACCGAGAAAUCAAAGGUCCUGGUGACUGGAUUCUUUCAUAAGGACUAUCUGCACCUUUCAAAGUCCAAUCUAUUGUGUGUCUGUGGUGAUGUUAGUGUUCCUGCAGAAAUCAUUCAGGUUGGCGUCUAUCGAUGCUGGUUAUCACCACAUUCUCCUGGACUUGUGAAUCUCUACUUGAGCUUUGAUGGCCAUAAGCCUAUUAGCCAAGUUGUUAAUUUUGAGUAUCGUACUCCUGUUUUGCAUGAUCCUGCAGCUUCUAUGGAAGAGAAGGACAACUGGGAUGAAUUUCGACUUCAAAUGAGGCUUGCUUAUUUGCUCUUUGCUAAACAACAAAGCCUUGAUGUUUUCUCUUGUAAAAUAUCACCUAAUGGACUGAAGGAGGCAAGGAAAUUCGCCUCCAAAACAUCAUUUAUUUCCAGUAGUUGGCAAUACUUAAUCAAUUCAACUGAAGACAACAAAAUUCCAUUUUCACAAGCAAAAGAUGCCCUAUUUGAAAUUGCAUUGAAAAACAGACUAAAGGAAUGGCUUUUGGAAAGAAUUGGUUUAGGCUGUAAGACUACUGAAUAUGAUGCGCAAGGCCAAAGUGUAAUCCAUUUGUGUGCUAUUUUGGGAUAUACUUGGGCUGUUUCCCUAUUUUCAUGGUCAGGCCUAUCACUGGAUUUCCGCGAUAAAUUUGGAUGGACAGCUCUUCAUUGGGCAGCAUAUUGUGGAAGGGAGAAAAUGGUUGCAACUCUGUUGUCUGCUGGGGCAAAGCCAAAUUUGGUCACUGAUCCAACUCCACAAAAUCCUGGUGGAUGUACUGCUGCUGAUGUUGCUUAUAUGAGGGGUUAUGAUGGCUUAGCAGCUUAUCUUUCAGAAAAGUCUCUGGUUGAGCAGUUCAAUGACAUGAGCUUAGCUGGAAAUAUCAGUGGCUCACUGCAAACUAGCGCGACUGAUCCUGUAAAUUCUGAGAACCUUAGUGAGGACCAGCUGUACCUGAAGGAUACGUUGGCAGCUUACCGAACAGCUGCUGAGGCAGCAGCACGCAUACAAGCUGCAUUUAGGGAGCACUCCCUAAAAUUGCAAACUCAGGCAGUUGAGUUUUCCAGUCCAGAGGCUGAAGCACGCAAAAUAGUUGCAGCAAUGAAGAUUCAACAUGCCUUUAGGAACUUUGAGACAAGGAAAAUGAUGAAAGCUGCCGCUCGCAUUCAGCAUAGAUUCCGUACAUGGAAGAUUCGUAGAGAAUUUCUCAACAUGCGCCGUCAGGCUAUUAAAAUUCAAGCUGCUUUUCGGUGCUUCCAAGUGCGGAAGCAUUAUCGAAAAAUUCUUUGGUCUGUUAGUGUGGUUGAGAAAGCAGUGCUGCGUUGGCGUUUGAAGAGAAGGGGCUUCCGUGGGCUGCGGGUUAAUACUGUUGAAGAAGCAAUGGGAGACCAGAAUCAGCAAAGUGACACGGAGGAGGAAUUCUUUCGGACUGGUAGGAAACAAGCUGAAGAACGUGUUGAGAGAUCUGUAGUACGUGUGCAGGCUAUGUUCCGUUCUAAGAAAGCACAAGAAGAGUACAGGAGGAUGAAGUUGGCUCUUAAACAAGCAAAGAUGGAAAGGGAAUAUGAACAACUCCUCAGUACUGAAGUUGACAUGGAACUGAAGACAUAGGUUAGUCAAAGUUCCUCGACAGGUUCUUAUUUUUGGGAUGCAGCCAACACCUUAUGACUCCUGUGACAAACUAGUGAUGUAUAAGGGAAUGUUGGUGCUGUUUUUGUACAUUCUGUUGAUCUUGUAAAUUCCCUUUGACCCUUUGGAAUUUCCUUAAUAUCCUGAAUGGGUCAUCUAGGAAGUUUUCAUGUGUAAUUGGUCUCUACAUGGUUGAUUCUUCUGAUUCAAGAUCUAGUUACGACUGAAAUAGCACACACUCCCAAAGUUGAAUAGACAGAAUAGUUGUUUACUACAAGCCUGGUUUGGG